AGGAAAAACACACGCAAAAUUCUCAACAUUCGUAAUUCAGACUGACUAACCAUGGCUUCCAUGUCCAUAACCAAGACCACCAUCUUCAACCUCUCUAAAACUUUCCCCAAAACCUCUUCUCUUUCUCUAUCUUCUCGCAAAGUCUCCAGGGUCUGCUUCGCCUCUCCGUCCUCAAAUUAUAACUACAAUCAUAAGGGCCGAGAUUCAGUGGAAAGGGCCAAAGACUCGAGGGCUGAUAUGGCCUACGAGUCGAGGCAAACGAUGAAUGAAACUGAUGAAGAUAUACCAGACGUGACUGAUGAAACAAAGGAACCUCUUAUAGAAGCGAAGGAAAGAACCAAACAACGUGCACAGGAAAUGAAGGAGAAAGCAAAAGAGUACGGGCAAGAAGCUAAAGAGAAGGCCAAAGAAGGAACUUACAAAGCCGCGGAGACUGCAGAGAGCACGAAAGAGAAGGCAAAAGAGUAUGCUGAAGAAACUAAAGAAAAGGCGAAAGAAGGACCUUAUAAAGCAGCUGACAAUGCACAGAGCGCGAAAGAGAAGGCAAAGGAGUAUGCAUAUGAGACAAAAGAGAAAGCCAAAGAAGGGACGGAAAGAGCGGCGGAGACUGCACAUUACACAAAAGAGAAAGCAAAAGACUACACGCAUGGGGUGAAGGAGAAGACCGAAGAGGCUGCAGAGACGGUGGCGGAUAAGGCCAAGGAAGGGACAACCAAGGCGGCGGAGACCAUGCAGAAUAUAGGAGAAAAAACAAAACAAACGGUGCAAGGUGCAUGGGGCGCGGCCAAAGAUACUACACAGAAGAUUAAAGAGGCCGUAGUGGGAAAAGAUGAUGAUAAUAUUUAUAGAGAGAAGAAAAUAGAUGAAGAUGUUGUUGCUGAUUUGAAGAGGCGAGCAGGAGGAUAUGAUGAGAAUAAGAAGAAAUAUUAAUUGAUAUAGUAAUUAAUGUUGUGUUCUGUUAAUUAACUGCAAAUAAGUUUAUGGCGGGUUAGGUUUUCAUGAUACUAUUUUGUGAUGUAAUAGGGCCCCCUUUUGUUCUGAUUUUGUGCUUUUUAAUUUUCAACUUAAAUAAUAAGUAUACUACU